AACUCAGGGCCCAGGAAGAACAAACAUGUCGUUCGACGACAAUGGUGGGAAGUUUGCAGGCGGAACUUUUGUAUCAAUAGUGUUGUCAUCGGUCGCCACCAACUUUGUUACGAACCUUGCAACGGAACGAAUCACCAAGGCCAAAUGUCAUGAAGGCGACCCACGGCGAAUCGACGAAGACCAAGAUUGUCCAGAAGGCGAUGUCGACAAAAGCCAAGUCAAAGAAGCCCAAGGGCGGGAAUGCAACGAAAAAAUCUGUGAGAAAGAAAACAUCAACCUCCGCUGCAAAGAAAAAGAACGCCAGCGUGAAAAAGACAGGCCGAAAGAAGCAAAUGAUCACCGAUACGGACAAGAAAACAGACGACAGCAGGCAGAGUGACAGCAGCGACGACGAUCCGGAGUGGGAAGCAUACCACUUACACAGCGAAAAAUCGGAAAGCGAUGCUUUCUGGAACGAGAAUUACCGGAGACUCCAAGAAUUCCAUUCGACUCACGGUCACUCGGGGGUACCAAUUCACUGGCGUGUCGAACCUCAAUUCGCGGAUUGGGUCUCGCGCCAACGGCAGUUUUUCCGAGAAAUCCAAUCGGGGUAUCGGAGACCUAGUAUCAGGGACGAGGGCAGAUGGAAGCGUCUCCAAAUUUUGAACUUCCCCUUGGACUACGAAAAGUGGCACUGGCAACAAAAAUACAACGAACUGAUCGAGGUGCUGCACGGUGAAAAGUACGACGAAAACAACACCAACAUUCCUGAGACACUGAAAGUAUGGGCAAAUCACCAAAUAUACUUGAAUCAAAGCGAUGUACACAGUAGAAUUGACUCGGAACGGAGACGGGGUCUGGAAAUUUUGGGAGUUCUCAAGAAGGAUAAUAGGGUGGAAGAUUGUGCAUCGUAUAGCGACUAACAUGGUAAGAUCAUGUUUGCUAUAGAUUAGUCUACCUCUUUUGUCUCCUACUAUUCGUUACUCUAUAUGUUGAAAUGCUGAUUGUCUACUGCAGCUUCCAUAGCAGCUUCAGUUGCCCACUUUAUUUUCAGCUCUUCCCUUGUCUCCAUUUCUUUUCUUCCUCUAUCGUAACUUUAGUAGAACUUGGUCUCUACUAAAAGCUUCAAUUCCGACAUCAAUAGCCCAUAAUCCGGUCUCUCAAGAGUGUGUGUACGCGCGCAUACUAAUGCGACGACAACAUCUCUUUCUCUUGCCAUCUUCUUUGAAUGUCUUAUAAUUUAGGAAUUAGUGUAUAAGAUGUUCUUUUUACCUUCACUGUAAAGCUGCCUUAUGAAUGAUCAAUAGAGCAUUUAUCAUCUU